UAAAAUUGCAAGUUGAUUUUUCAUUUUACGAGUUGCCUCAAAAAGCACUCGCAAAAUUUUGCGAGUGCUCCUCAAAGUUAAAUUCGAACCCUGCAAUUGUGAAGUAGCCUAAUUUCGGCCCCUAGCAAAGAAGGUGAAAAAGCCCUGGAAACUGAUCGGCCCCUAAGGCCUGUCUUUCCCCUCCAUGUCUGGUCUUUCGUGGUCUCCAGUCGGGUUAGGCAUAACCCAAGUUGUUUCUCGUUUAUGAAUAGUCGUCACACAUUUUCAAGAGUUAACCACUUACAAUAUCUACUGGUAAAGCAUUCCAAUUGUUUAUGAUUCUAUGGAUGAAAGAGUAUAGCCGAAUUUUCUUAUUAGCUCUUGGUUUCUGUGUCUUGUAAUUAUGUCCAUGGUUUGAUGAAUUGGUUGAUAGGGUAAAUUAUGUAGUGAAGUCAUCAAAGUAAUGUUUCAUUUUGAAUAUUUGUACAUGAUCGCUUUGGAAGCUUCUGUAUUCUAGAGCUGGCAAGCUUAGCUUAAUAAAACACUGCUCAAAUGGAAGCUGAGACAUUUCUGAAACGAAUUUGAAGAGUUGAAUGAACGUUGGCUGGGGCAAAGUUAAAAAGUUGCUAUAUUAGCCAUUUAUAGCUAGAUAUAGCUAUAAAAAAAACACGAAAAAUGAUGACAUUUAAAGAGGUCACAAUCAAGUACGAAUUUGCGGAAGCCCACAGUUCAUGUAUACAAGCAUGGAGGAGGUAGACUCACCCGAUGUGCACUUUGAGCCGAUCAUCAAGCUGGACCCGGUGGAUGUGGUCACACUGGAGGAGGAGGAAGACGAGCUUGUACAGAUGAGGGCAAAGCUAUUUCGCUUUGACAAUGCCUCAGAGCCACCAGAAUGGAAGGAGCGAGGAACAGGCACAGUGAAACUGCUGCGACAUAAAUCAUCCAACCUUGUUCGAGUACUCAUGAGAAGAGAUAAAACACAUAAAUUGUGUGCAAACCAUUACGUUCAGCCAGAGAUGACAUUGAAGCCGAACUGUGGCAGUGAGAAGGCAUGGGUGUGGACAACCAACUCCGACUUCUCUGACGGAGAACCGAGACCGGAACUCCUAGCUAUCCGAUUCGCUAAUGCAGAAAUUGCUCAGAAAUGGAAGGCCAAGUUUGAAGAGGCACAGGAAAUCAUGAAGGAAGCUAUCCCUAAACACAAUGAGACGAUUGGGGAAGAUCCCACAUCAAAUGGAAAGGCCAGAACCGAGGAUGAGACAGAAAAGGAGACACAGAAGGCAGGUGGAGAUACAAAAAGUGAUACUCAAAAUACAGAGGCAGACAAAGUUGCAGACCAACUCGAAACAUUGACUGUGAAAGAAGACAAAAGUGGUAGUGAAAGUAGUGAAAAAACACAGACCAACAAAACUGAUGAUGAAAAAGUAGAUAAUAAAGAAGAAAAUGCUUAAUAACUUAUAAUUGAGUAUUGGCAUGUUGGUGUAAUUUAAUAUAAAGUGCUCUGCACUGUAUUGCUUGUUUAUUUGUUAACCUUCACAAUUAAAUCAGCAACUUCAUUCAGGAUGCCUCAAAAAAAAAAAUUGAGGUUGAGUUACGAACCAGCUUUGGGGGGUUGAAUUUACAUGAAUUAUACUGCAUGUAGUCUUAAUAUUAAUGUAUAUCAGGAAGGAUUUGUGUAAUAGUCUCAGUUUGUGCUUCAAGAAAAAAAGGUUGUUAUUAGGUGCACAUUUCUGAUUACACCUGUCGACAAAUGCAUUGCACAUACACUCGUUAACGUUCACAAUAAUUAUUACCAUUACUAUUCUGAAGAGGUAAUUUUGAAAGUACCAGAUAAAUUUAAGCAAAUAGAAAAUGUCCAUGUCAUGGUACUGGCUAUAUAUAUACUUGUAUGUACAUGUACGACUAAUUAUGGUUCAGUCUGGGGGAACCGUGGGAGGGGUGGGUAUGAUGUAUAUUAGUUUAAUCAAUCCCAGGGAAAGAGUUCAUAUGCUAUAUAAUCAAUAUAUGACCGAUUUUUAACAGCAGGCACUUAUUUUAUGUUAAACAAACAAGUGAUAUUCUCAAAUACUUCUGAGUUUCAAUUUGCCAUGAGAUGUUUGUUAAAGUUAACAAUGUGAUAAACAACAUCGUUAUUAACUUGUAAAGGUGAAAUAUCUUUGAAUCAUUUCUGUCUCAAUUACUUGAAUUAGACAACUACAUUACAAGUUAUUGUAAAAGAAAUGUUUAUGAAUACAGUUUAUACUUGUAGAUCUUUCAGAACAUUUCAGUUGAUUCAAUAGAACAAUGCCAGUUUGUGCAGUACCUUUCUAUUAUGUUAUUGUGUUGUUGCAUUAUAAGUCAAGAAAUAAACAAUAAAGGCAUUUAAAAUAUUA